AUGGGUCGGUUUGAGCGGAGCUUGAAGGAGACCGCUGCCCCUCUGACCACCUCGUCUUCUCUGCAGAGGUACAACUACUCGGCCUGGGUCCAAGGACACAUCUCCAAGAAGGAGUGCUGCUACUACAAGAGCAGCGGCAGGUACCUCCACUACUCCUACUCUUACUCUGCACUGACGGCACUAAGGGAACCCUGGUUCCUCGAGGGCCGACGUGACCUUGUCUGUGUUGUCGUUGACAGGGAGGACAGGUGUGAGUGUGGUCUGGGCAGGAGCAGUCACCUGUCGGAGGCUCUCACACACUCAGACCACACGGAGAAGUGGGACCGUCACAAACACGUCCGGGACAGCAGCACGGACGCUUUCGGAAACGUCUGCUUCAGGGGACUGGGAAAAAAGACCGCCAAGUACAUUCGCGUUUCCUCGGACACGAAGCCGGAGCUGUUGUACGAGCUCCUGACAGAACAAUGGAAACUGUCUCCUCCGAACCUGCUCAUCUCUGUGACUGGAGGAGCCAAGAACUUCUACCUGAAGGCCCGACUCAAGAGCAUGUUCCACAGAGGCCUGAUCAAAGUCGCCCAGACCACAGGUGCGUGGAUUCUGACAGGAGGCACAAACACGGGGGUGAUGAAGCACGUGGGGCAGGCGGUGAGGGACCACGCCCUGAGCAGCUCCGUGAGCGGGGGACACAUCGUGGCCAUCGGCGUGGCCACGUGGGGGAUCCUCCACAACAGAGACGUGCUGGUCAACUCAAAGGGCUGUUUCCCCGCUCACUAUGACGCAGACGUGAAGGAUCAGGGUUGGCUCAGCUGCCUGGACCACAACCACACCCACUUCCUGCUGGUGGACAACGGCACCCACGGACAGUACGGGGCCGAGAUCGAGCUCCGGGCCCAGCUGGAGAAAUGCAUCGCCAGGAAAAGACUCAGCAACCAAGCGAGCGGCGUGACCAUCCCUGUGGUGUGUGUGGUGUUGAAUGGAGGACCUGGAACUCUAAAUACCAUGUACAAUGCCAUGCUGAACGGGACUCCGUGUGUGGUGCUGGAGGGCUCGGGCAGGAUGGCGGAUGUGGUGGCACACGUGGCAGAGCUGCACGUGAGCAAGGUCACCAUCGUCCUCAUCCAGCAGCUCAUGAAGAGGUUCUUUGGGCAGGAGUACGAGUGUUUCUCCGACGCCAAGAUCAUCGAGUGGACCAAGAAGAUCCAGGACAUCAUCAGGACGCCUCAUCUCCUGACGGUUUUCAGGGCGACCGCAGACGGCGACGGAGACGUAGACGUGGCCAUUCUGCGAGCUCUUCUCAAAGCGUCCAGGAGUGGAGAGGGGGCCGUGAGCGAGGACUCUCAGAGGCAGCUGGAGCUCGCCGUGGCCUGGAACAGAGCGGACAUCGCCGACACAGAGAUCUUCACCGACGAGAGCCAGUGGGAGUCGGAGCAGCUCCACAGCGCCAUGUUCUCGGCUCUGGUCGGAAACAAGCCCGAGUUCGUGAGUCUUCUGCUGGAGAACGGGGUGAGUCUGAGGGAUUUCCUUCAGGAGGAGACUCUGUGUAAACUCUACAGACAGCUGCCCAACUGUCAGUUUGUGAGGAGGUUGGACAAACUCCUCAAAAAACACUCUGCGGUCAACUCCAUCCAGAACCAGGACAUCUCUCUGACCCACGUGUCCGAGGAAGUGCGCCGCCUGCUGGGGAGUUUCACCCAACACAUGUACUCGCCCUCCCACGCAGACUUCCACCUGGACCUAACUCUGGAAUCUCAGAGCACCUUCAGAGAGGAACCAGAGAAGAACCCACACUCAGAGAGAGACCUGUUCCUCUGGGCCAUUCUCCACAGCAACAAAGCUCUGGCCGAAAUCGCCUGGGAGGAGUGUCAGGACUGCAUGGCUGCUGCGCUGGCCGCCAGUAAGAUCCUGAAGAAACUGUCAAAGGAGGACAACGACGCAGAUGAAGCAGAGAAAAUGAAAGAGCUCGCCAAUCUGUACGAGAAACGUGCCAUGGACGUCUUCAGCGAGUGUUACCGCGGUGACGAGGCGCGAGCUCAGAAGCUGCUGGUGCGAGUGUCGCCGCUGUGGGGCCGGACCACGUGUCUGAGGGUCGCGCUCGAGGCCGACGACCAGAACUUUGUGGCUCAGUCCGGCGUUCAGGCUCUUCUGACUCAGAUCUGGUGUGGGACGCUGUCAGUGGAAAACCCGUUGUGGAGAGUCCUGCUGUGCACUCUGUUCUUCCCUCUCAUCUACCUGCACUUCCUCGACUUUAGGACAAGACGUGUGCAGCCCCUGGACGCGUGGACUCGCCUGGUUUCUCUGUACUCCUCUCCUCAGGUCAAGUUCUUCAUGAACAUCGUGUCUUACUUUGCCUUCCUGGCCCUGUUUGCCGCGGUGCUGAUGGUGGACUUCCAUACCACGCCCUCAGGUCUGGAGAUCCUGCUGUACGUCUGGCUCUUCUCGCUGGUCUGUGAAGAGAUCCGACAGCUGUUCGAUGAUCCUGACGGGUUUGGGUUUCGGAAAAAGUUCAAAAUGUACAUCAACGACUUGUGGAAUAUACUGGAUGUUUUGUCCAUCGUCAUUUUCAUCAUUGGUCUGGUGUUCAGGUUAACACAGGCUCUGUUUUAUGCUGGAAAAAUUCUUCUGUGUAUCGACUUCAUUGUGUUUUGUCUGCGUCUCAUGGCCAUCUUCACAAUCAGCCGAACUCUGGGACCAAAGAUCAUUAUUGUGAAAAGGAUGAUGAUGGACAUGUUCUUCUUCCUGUUCCUCCUGAGUAUCUGGGUGGUGGCCUACGGCGUGGCCAAGCAGAGCAUCCUCAUCCACAACGAGGACCGUCUGGGCUGGAUCCUGAGAGGGGCCGUGUACGAGCCCUACCUCACCAUAUUCGGAGACGUGCCCAAAAACAUAGACAACACAGAGUUCGACAUCGACUCGUGCAGCAUGAGCGGCAGUGACCCUCUGAAACCCAAGUGCCCGGUGCUGAACGACGACCAGAUGCCCGCCUUCCCCGAGUGGCUCACCAUCCUCAUGCUGUGCGUCUACCUGCUGUUCGCCAACAUCCUGCUCCUCAACCUGCUCAUCGCCAUCUUCAAACCUGGAUUUAGUCCUGGUUUAGUCCUUGACAACAGGCAACCGAUAUGGAAGUUCCAGCGGUACGAGCUGAUAAAGGAGUACCACAGCCGCCCCGCAGCCCCGCCCCCUUUCAUCCUCCUGUCUCACCUGUACCUGUUGGUGCGGCGCGUGGUGCUGUGCAGACCGGCCCACCCCUGCACCGACUUCAAAUAUGAACUUUCUCAGACGGAGGAGGAGGAGCUUCUGUCCUGGGAGGCUCUGAUGAAGGACAAAUACCUGACGUCCCUGAAGCAGGAGAAGAUGCAGAGCACAGAGCACAGGAUCCUGGACACGGCACAAAAAGUGUCCACCAUCUGCGAGCGCGUGGAGCGAGAGGAGGAGCCCGGUUCUGGGUCUGUGGUGCGGCGCAUGGCCCGACUCGAGGAGCAGAUGGUGCAGUCGGCCCGAGCUCUGCAGUGGAUCAUGGACAAUCUGAGACCGGCAGGAUUCAGACCGACGGACGCUCCAUCACUGAAUCUGAUUCUCGCGGAGGACUGCACUGACGGCCUCACAAAGCCGGUGGAGCGAGAGGAGAGUCGCCACGUGAAAGCUCGUCAGCUCCACUACCCCGACAGCAAAGUCACCCGCUUCCCCGUGCCCGAGGAGAAGGUGCCCUGGGAGGUGAACUUCAGCUCCUACAACCCCCCGUAUUACUCCUCACCGGACACAGUGGACAAGUACGACUGCUCCCUGAUCAAGAAUAAUAAUGAACACAGGAACCCCGGAGGCAGGACGGGUCUGAGGGGCCGUGGGGUGCUCCCUCGCCUGGGCCCCAACUGCAGUCUCGACCUCAUCCUCACACGGUGGAGAGACAGAGCGUGUUCUGAGCUGGAGUUUCUGGUGUUUAAGGACGAGAACAAGAAAUGUCUGAUAUUACCCGGGGGAGAAGUGGACUCUGCUGAAGAUCUGCCUCAGAAUCUGGAGAAAACUCUGGGGAACAAGGCGUGUCAGAAGAUCAGGAAGGUCCUCAAAGAUAAAGACCAGAUGGUCGAGCUGUACGAGGGUUAUGUGGACGACUCCAGGAACACGGACGACGCCUGGGUGGAGACCACAGUCCUGCACCUGCACCUGGCCAGAGACUGCCCCCUGCUGGCCGACAUCAACAAGCACUCGGUGGAGUCUUUGGAGUGGCAGGAGGUCAGCGGCAGGACCAGGCUCGGCUCAGACCAGAAGGACUUCUUGAAGAAAGUGGCCCAACUUCACAGCAGCAAAUUCUGA